AUGUCGCAUAGUGUGAGGUCCGAUCGCGGCUCUAGUCGCAGGUCAAGUACGACUUCGGACUUCUCCGAAUCUGACUUCAAGCGGCUGGAAGAGCUGCGGGAAAUCGGCAAGUCAGCGAAAAGAGAAGCGCGGGAUUUGGAUAUUGAAUCGAUGCCCGACUCGAUGAUGUCCAGCGCUUCUACUGCUCUGACAAAGGCGGAAAGAAAGAGGCAGCUAGCGAUCGCAAAGACGCAUAAACUCAUUUUGACGAAGAAACCUCGUGAGAUUUUGAAAGAAGAAGAGUACUUGUCCGACAUGGACAAGCUGAUUACAAGAGAUUUCUUCCCCCAUUACGAUCACGUAAAAGACCAGCACGAUUAUCUGAUAGCUGAAGAGGAGGGCGAUGUGGAAGCGAUGCGCGAAAUUCAAAUGAAGCAUAAGAAGCGACAGGCGGAAAGGCCGACUACUGGCGCUUGGACUGUCGGUGGAACUCCUUUUCUUGAGGGUACUCCGGCACCAGAUGAUCGCUCGCCUGAUCGCGAAAAAGACGACGAAAAUGACUCAGACGAGGAGCAAGAGAAAGAAAAAGCUCCAACUAAGAAAAAAUCGCGAACAGAAAACAUCUCCCUCGACAGAUACUGCACCAAGUUCACAUCUGAAGACAACGACUCAUUUCAAAAAGUUCACAAAUUCACAGAAGACAAGAAAAAAGAGCAAUAUGCGUUUUUAUAUGCUGCGCAGGAGCAAGGAGACAGGAUGUGUGAAGACAAGGAUGCCAAUAAACUUAUGGCGCCCGAAAAGAUUCUCGCGAUUGAAGACGCCCGUGAACCUGGGAAGCAGAAGAAAGCUGGCGUUGGGAACUGGAAGUACACUAACAAGAAUUCUCUUUUCUACGGCGCUGAACUCGAGGCACAGAAAGAAUACAUCUUCAAGAAACCUCCUCAGCCCCGAGAAAUCGUCCACGAAAAUACAAGAUUCAAGAAAGACCCUUUCCUCCGUCCUGUUGCUCCUGAUCGUGUUGCUACUCUUGUUCACAAUAGAAUCAAAAAUACGCUUAAAGAUGAUGGAAAAGUCGGCAUUGACGGAAAACCAAUUACACCUGGUCGAUAUGGUCUUUUGGCCACGCCAAGUCCAAUGCCCGGCGUGGAAGACUCGCCGUUCAUGACUUGGGGUCAACUUGAAGCUACUCCUCAGAGAGCGAUGACGCCAGGAGGUGCUUCAACGUCAGAUUCAAAAGCUCCAGGCGUCAGUACCAUCGCAUCAAAUGCACCAUCUUUCCGCAUGGACUCAAUGAAUGAGCGAGAAGAGCUGGCCCAUAGAUUGACCGAAACCGCCUUCAGCGCAAAGAGAAAUGCAAAAGAAAGAACCCUAUCAGGCGCUAAGAAAUCCGCCUUCGGAACGACUCCCCACAGACUCGGGAAAUCGAUGGGCAAGACCCCAGAAAUGCGAUCGCCUGCUCUCAAUAGUGAAAUGGAUCUUUUGAAACAACUUGUUGGUCCAACUGGAAUCAACCUUCUUACUGAAGAAUGUACUGUUAAAUAUCUCGAUGAGUUUGACAUCCUCGACCAAGAUUGCUUCAAAGCAACUCUGGCUAAAGGACUUGGACUUGCUAUCAUUGCUGGAAGCAUUCUCGUCAAGGUCCCACAAAUUCUGAGCAUCAUCGGAGCUAAAUCUGCGGCUGGCCUCUCUCUUUUCUCUGUUUUGUUGGAACUCUUCCCAUGUGCUACCCUCAUCGGUUACGGACUUGCCUCUGGCUUCCCUUUUUCAUCAUGGGGUGAGUCUUUCUUCAUGGCCGUUCAAACGAUGAUCAUUGCGUUCCUCAUCUGUGACUACACUGGACGGAGAGGUCUUGGGCUCAUGCUCAAUCUUGCCUACGCUGGCUUCGUUUACGUACUUAUUUCUGGCAUGGUCACUGUCGAGCAGCUUCAGGUUCUUCAGCUUUGCAAUCUUCCAGUUACGGUUAUCUCCAGACUUAUCCAGGUCGUUACAAAUUUCAAAAAUGGCCACUGCGGAACCCUUUCCGGAGUUACUUGUGGCAUGCUCUUUGCUGGAGGCCUCGCUAGAGUUUUCACCUCCUUCCAGGAGACUGGCGAUAUGGUGAUGAUAAUGAACUUUUCUGCCUCCACUUUCAUGUCAUUCCUCUUAUGCUUGCAACUUGUUAUUUACAAAGAUGUCAAGCCUGCUGGAAAGAAGGAAUAA